CAUCAGUGUAACCUUCCCCUCCUGGUUAGUGACGUUAGUCGAGCCCGUUCACGAUAGUCUGUUCUUUAUAGGUCCCUGCAUCGGCUAACGAAUGAGAUGACAGUCAUGAAAUAACGUCGAUCGGAUUGUUAAUCAUGGAAAACCCUUUUUCCCAGAGUGAGGAGGAGUACGAAAUAUUCAGUCGGGAGGACACGACAGGUCAUCACGUCUCAUACGGCGACAUCGCCUCCAAACUCAUCAAAGACAGGCUAUGGCUCACCGCCCUCGAACUCCACACCGAGCUCGUCGAAGCUGGCAAAGAGGUGCCGAAGCUCAGAGAAUUCUUUUCGAACCCUGUCAAUUUCGAAAAUCAAUCCAGGCUCGACUUAAUGCCAUCGAUGCCGAGAUCUUCAAGCCAGGCUACUCUAGAUUCGCUGGACAUGACAAGGUUUUCAGAAGACGGGGAGCGCAUUGUCGAUGAUAAAGUGGCAAUACUCGAAUUUGAACUCAGGAAGGCGAAGGAGACGAUCAGCGCACUUAGGGCGAAUCUCACUGUCGCAACAGUUGAAGGAACAAACUGUCAAAAAAGUGGUAAAUGUGAGCCAAUCAAGCCACACGAGCAACGGGCGUUAAACUUCUUAAUAAAUGAAUAUCUCCUCAUGAAUGGCUACAAGCUGACAUCAAUUACAUUUUCAGAUGAAAAUGAAGAUCAAGAUUUUGAAGAUUGGGACGAUGUUGGUUUGAAUAUGGCAAAACCGGCAGAACUACUCCAUCUGUACAGAGUCGGGAUCAGUGAAACAGUGAAAAACACGGAAAGCCGUGAGAGUCAGACGGAUCCGAUUCCGAAUAUCGAGGAUUUACUGGAGUUGAGCAGGAAAGUUGAAUUUCUUGAAGAGGAAAAUCUUGAAUACAAAAAUGCCAAAUCGGUGAAAUCUGACACCUGUUCUAUUGGUAUUCAGUGUGAACAGUCAGAAAUGAAAAAUGAAGUGGUCACCUACAGAUCAGACAUAUCAGGCAGUUUUGAAGAAUUGAACCAGACCGAGCUCGAAUCAGGGAAGCUCAGUUUGCUCAAUGAGACCAUAGACAUGGACAUCGAAGGCGAUGUUGAGGAAGUGUCAUCACUCGACUUAAGUUACAAAAAGGAAGAGAAGGAAGAGACGCCGUCCAUCAUAUCGAGCGAUGAAAAAGAAGAAAGUCCAAAACCUCUCUUGAAGCUGGCCAGCACAAACUCGCCAUUCGAAGGGGUUGUUUGGUCGUAUCUUCCUCAUCUGAGAACCAUAGAUGGACAGAUCACGCAUGAAGGUCUGGUCGUUUAUCUGGGCCAGUCCUUCUCCUCUAUUUUACAGCAGCUGCCCAACAACAAAGAAUGGCUGCACAAAGUUGUCCCGAUACUCAUCACCGUGAUCUGCCUCCAUCCCGAUGAAAAGGCAAAGGAUUCUUUAAUCCACUGUCUCCUCACUCUGAAAAAACGUCCUAAUCAGGAAGACAGAAAUAUUAUUUUAGCCGGUAUCUGCCGAUUGUGCGAAACAGUCCAAGAUGAAACGUUGAACAGCCAGAUAUUGUCGCACUGCGGGGAGAUCAUGGUUCACAAAUAUCCGGAAAAAAGGAUCCUAAUAGCGCAGGCAUGCGCUCACUUGUCGCUUUUAAUUUCCAGCGAACUACGGGAUUCUUUCCUGAUUUCCAUGCUGAAACAGCUUGUUGAAGAUCGUGACGAAGGAGUGAGAGCCCAAUCGGCGAUGAGCCUGGCAGUUAUCGCUUGCUAUUUAUCAUCGGACAAAUAUUCGGAUAUCGAGGAGUUGACGAUGAAGUGUUUGUUAGAUAAGAGCGAACAAGUUGUAAAGAUUGUACAACAUAUUUUGCUUCCUGUUGUCGCGCGCCGAGCUCUUGGGCUGAAUAUUUUCCACACUCAUUUAAUUUUAAACUCUUUGAACAUGUUAGAUAAAAUUAUAGAGAAACUUGAUAAGGAUGUCGUAUGCUGCAACAUUAUCAAUGGGCUGGUACAAAUUCUCCCUCAUCUGAUUAUGUUUUCAGCAUCGGCAGAUACUGUGAUAGAGUCAAUGGGCCCUGACAUACCUCCUCCUCAACACCGCUCAGGAUUUACAAAUAUAUGCAAAGGCCUGUCAGACCCGUUGCUGUUUUACGAGGGGCAUCCUGUUGGAGCGCUGAUAGGGGCUUUCGACUAUUGUUUGCAUCAGUUGUCGCCCUGGCCUCAGCUUUCCUGGGUCAUCGAUGUUUUAAUUCCAAAAUUGUUGCAAAUCCUAGAUAAAGUAGAUCCAGAAAGGGAAGAAAUUAUUUUAAAGUUUGUACACUAUUUUGUAAAUUUGACAGCUGGCUUUGGCAACAUUUUUACAAAACAGCACGUGAAGAGAGUUUUCUUGGAUCAGUUGGUGAAGCUCGAGAAAGAACUUAUUGAUAUGGAAAAUGACGAGUUCCCAUCUUUUUCAUUCAUUCCUGUAUUCUGCUUGGGCAUUUUGGCACCUCUUCAAUGUUGUGAAGAAGAGCUGAGUCAAGUUUUAGGAAGGCUUCUUGUGUCAUUGGGUCUUUGUUCCGCGCCAUUGUCAUCACUGAGGUUGACGGUGAAAGAACUCGCACAAGGGCCAAAACAUUCCAACGCUUUAAUGUCUGCUCUUUGGCAAGGAGUUGUACAUCAAAGAGCAAGCGUAAAAAAGGCUACUUCCAGUCUUCUUAUAGAAACGGUGGCUAGUAGUUCAGAACAGGUGAUCUCUUCUAGAAUCAUCCCCGCACUCAUAACACUUGCUAGUGAUCCUGAUAUCUCUGUGAGGACAUCUACACUCCCAGUUUACGCUUUGAUCAUCGAAUACUCAAAGAACAAGGAAGUCCUCGACAAGACUUACUUACAGGUGCGCAGUGUGUUGGACGACCCUGCAUCAAAAGAGAAUGCAUCUUUGAUGACAGAAAUUGUAGGCUCACUCAUGAAAAUAGGGAUGAAAUCUGAAUCGAGCUUCCGUGAAGACACCAUUUUCCCUGAGCUUGACAGGAUAACAAAAUCUGCAUUUGACCUCAACACCGAAACAAGUUGCCUAGUGGCGGCAUCUCUUGUUGAUGCUUACUCCAACAUGAUUUUUUUUGAAAUAUCGAAAAACUGCAUUAACACUAUGGUAUUGCCGACUUUGAGGCUCCUGGAAACGUUCUGUAAAGAAGUGCUCACGACACACGUCACAGCUGUUACAAAUAUGAUCAAGGAGGUUGAAGGCAGAGUAAGUGUACUCGUAACUUCGCCUUCAUCGAGCCGAUCGAACAUGAACCUGGCUGGAAUCUCGUCAUCAAAUGUUGAAGAGAUGAAACAGAGGGUGACCAAGAUCUUCAACUCGCCCAAGACCUCCAAUAUACAGAGUAUGUUCUGGAAGAAAUAGACUUAGAAGGACGAAAGUGAGCACAUUACAAUUUUAUAUAAUUACGUUUUAAAGUAUGACAAUCGUAUUUAUGUUUGUAAAUUACGAGAAAGACCGUAUAUGUUUAUUUAACCGGAUCUAUAUUAGGUUAGUAAGAUGGCAUCCAUUCUUCACAUUUCCACUAGUGGCAUGUCUUUUGUUUAUUAAAAGUUGGUGAGAAAAAAUAUUGAAAAUGUUCUAGUCAACAGUCUGCAUUUAAAUCAGAAUUGAAAUUUAUUUUUCAAAUUGAAACUUUUCCCUAACUGCUCAAUCAAAUAUUAACAAAAAUUAUAUUGACCCAAUGAAGCGCUAAAUCUGAAAUAUAUUUAUUUAUUUAUUAAACAAAAUUUCACUAUUCCUUUUAAUAAUACACCAGGAUAAUUAUGCAUCUACGUGCUAAAUCACUUCAUCAAACCAUAAUUUAAAAUUUAUCGUCAAGAUAAUUGUUGUAAUAGUUUGUCACGACUCGAACCAAACUACAGAAUCUAAUCCAUAGUCAAAAAAAUGAAAUCAUUCGCAAGAAGUCCUUUUAAUAAGUUGUCAAAGAUGAAAAACCAUUUUAAACUAAAGUGAAAAUAAAUACGGAGUGAGAAAAAAAAAAAAUCUCAGCAUAAAGCACACCUCUUUUCUGUCUCAUUGUCAGUUAAAUAUAUAAAUAAAAUAAUUUUAAAGUAUAACGUAGACCGGAUGCCGAGAGCCAUGAAUUGAACGAACCUACACACGGAGCAACAUACCAGCUUAUUUGAAGAAAAAUCACUGUUAAGAACGUUACCCUUUUUCUACAGCUUUUCAUCCAUCCGGAUACAAAUCCAUUCCAAAAAAUACAUUUUCUUAGUUCUCUUCUCUUUCCUGUCUUUCU